AUGACUUCCCAUCUUCUCAGGCAUUUCCUGCUUCUGCUUGGCGCAACGACUGCUGUCGUUAGCUCAGGCCAAGGAGGAUGGAAGAAUGGCUCCAAAGCAACCGGAGAGGCAGACCCAAAUGUUACCACGGACUGCGACUAUUGGGCAAACAAUGUCCAAAUCGGGGACACUUCUUACACUCAGUAUUACCUGGUGCAGAAUGGCGAUACUUGUUAUAAUAUUCAAAAUCGGUACAUGAACUUUACUCUUGCUCAGUUCUACAGUUGGAACCCAGCUAUUUCUGGCUGCAAGGGACUAGUGGAGGGUGACUAUGUCUGUGUAGGAGCAAAGGGCUCCUCCAUUCCAUCUUCUUCAUCGUCUGCCUUCCCAACACAAAGUGGAGUCACAUCCAAGUGCAACAAGUGGCACUAUGUAUCCGGCAAUGAUACCUGUAGCUCCAUUCUCUCGGAGUUCGGUCUCACUGCGGCUCAAUUUUACUCCUUGAACCCCGCUACUGGAGCUAACUGUAGCGCCUUGUGGCGGAAAACCGAAGCCUGUGUCGGCGUUCCUGGAUUCACGCCAUCUCCAACCACGAGUACCACAAAACCAACUGCAACUGGGCCCGGAUCAGUGCCAUCGCCCGUGCAAAGUGGUAUUGCAUCAAACUGCAACAAAUAUUACAAAGUUCAGAGUGGAGAUACAUGCAAUUCCGUUGAGAAAGACAAGGGCAUCAGUGCAGCCGACUUCAAUAAGUGGAAUCCGGAUGUGGGCUCUGAUUGUGCGAAUUUACAGCUGGACUUCUACGUUUGUGUUGGUCUUACGGGAUCUACUACCUCCAUCACCACUACACAUGCCACUACCGCCAAAACGACAACGGCACCUGGAUCGGUGCCUUCUCCUGUGCAAAGUGGGAUUGCAUCUAACUGCACCAAGUACUAUAAAGUCAAGAGUGGUGAUACUUGUUACCAACUUGAGAAAGACAAUAACAUCAGCGCGGCGAAUUUCCUCAAGUGGAACCCGGCUGUGGGCUCGGACUGCAAACAAUUGGAGUUGAAUGUCUAUGUCUGCGUUGCAGUGUAA